AUGAAGGCACCUCCCGAGGGGCCAGCCAUGUUCUUCUCUGACGGCUCCACCUUGCUACGAUCUAUGAAAGAUGAAAGUCUUCGAGCCACAUGGGCACCUUCGCUCAUCGAUCCAUCUCCGGCCAGUGCACAACUUGCUCGAGCUCAUUUCGAGAAGCAUCCACCGAAUAAUCUUCGAAAGUCGAAUUUUUUCCACUUUGUCGUCGCGCUGUAUGAUCGUGCCAGUCAGCCAAUUGAAAUUGAGCGGACUCAGUUUGCUGGUUUUGUCGAAAAGGACAGAGAGAUUGACGGCCAGGAUACGAAGAAUGGAAUCCACUACAAACUUUAUGUGCUGUUUCAGAACGGCCUCCGUGCUGAACAGGAUCUCUUUGUUCGGCUGAUCGACAGUGUAUCAAAGCAGGCGAUCACAUAUGAGGGACAGGACAAAAAUCCUGAAAUGUGCCGUGUGCUAUUGACGCAUGAAGUGAUGUGCAGUCGAUGCUGCGAGAAGAAGAGUUGCGGUAAUCGAAACGAGACGCCAAGUGACCCAAUCAUCAUCGACAAUACAACAGCACGGAUAGAUGGUCCUCUACUGGCUGUGUCUGAGAACAUGUUCGUUCACAAUAACUCCAAACAUGGACGACGAGUGAAACGAAUAGAUGCAUCUGAUGAAUUUUCUGAAGUGUCUGAACUGUCUACUGGGUCAUCUCCUGUCAUAAAAGCUUUGUGUCCUAGCGAAGGUUGGAUCCAAGGAGGAACACAGGUGAUUGUGAUAGGUGAAAAUUUCUUCGAAGGUCUUCAGAUCGCCUUUGGUUCAACAACUGUAUGGAGUGAGUUGGUCCAAGUGAUUUCACCACAUGCAAUGAGAGUCACAAGUCCUCCACGUCAUAAUGCUGGGGUUGUUGAAGUCACUUUACAAUACAAAAAUAAGCAAUACAAUAGAGGAGCACCCGUACGUUUCACAUAUGCAUCUCUGACCGAACCGAGUAUUGACUUUGGAUUUCAACGGCUGCAAAAGCUCCUACCAAAAUAUCCUGGUGAUCCAGAAAGGCUACCGAAAGAAAUUAUCUUAAAACGAGCUGCUGAGUUGGCCGAAGCUCUGUACAGCAGGACACAAGCAGAACAAUUAAGUAACUACGCUUCCGUCUAUUCGGCCGGAUUCGACGCA